AUGGCAACCAGCUGGCCGCAAUCACUCAAGGAUUGGGUUGCAACCCAACUUAAGCAGAUGAACUCGUUGAAUAAAUCGGAGGCUGAUGCAGAAAUGAAGGCACUAAUAUCUGAAGCUUAUACCAACCAGACACUCUGGACUACAGACUGGGCAGGCGUGCAGCUUAAAGCUCUUCAACCAAAAACUGCUACCAAGCGUAAAUCACACCCUGAUUUAGUGGCAGCCCAGAAGAAACUCAAAAAGGCAACUAUAUCGACCAGCACCGAGAGCGAGAAUCGUUUGGAAAAGAGGAAGCGAAGAUUUGAACGUGAACAUGAGAUUGAAAGGCAGAAGGCUUCGGGGACGUAUUCUGUCCCGUCAUUUACUCACCACUCUCAGUCACCCACAGGCUUCGACACGGCCAGAGAUAACACCCCGACUUACACUCCGAUGGCAUAUCGCUCGGCGGGUGCGAUCAGCAAGCGAAAAUAUGCAAACGUUGCAAGCGAGGACUCAGGAGAUGCUGAUCCGAAUGUUAUCGAUUGGGAUAGAUUUACUAUAGUCGGAACAUCACAAGACCUAUUUAAACCAUACCUCCGGUUGACAUCAGCACCUGAUCCCGCUACAAUUCGACCAUUAGAAGUAUUACAAAGAACAUUAGGAGAGCUCAAAAACAAAUGGAAAGUCAACAGUGAUUAUCGCUGGACAUGUGACCAGUUCAAGAGUCUUCGUCAGGACUUAACGGUUCAACGCAUCAAGAAUGCUUUCACGGUUCAAGUAUACGAAAUCCAUGCACGAAUGGCGCUAGAGGCUGCGGAUGUUGUUGAGUUUAAUCAGUGUCAGAGUAAUUUGCGACUUUUGUACGAAGCCGGUAUCCCCGGGCACGCUAACGAAUUUUUGGCCUACCGCAUCCUCUAUUUAAACUACACGAAGAAUAGAAGUGAGAUAAACCUACUCCUAGCUCAGUUGAAUCCUGAAACCAAGUCGACCGAGUUUGUUCGCCACGCCCUGGAUGUACAAGCAGCACUGCUCGCCAACAAUUACCACAAAUUUUUCGACUUGUACCUCAAGGCACCCAACAUGGGCGGCUACAUCAUGGAUCAUAUGUUACCACGUGAGAGAAUGUCAGCGUUGAUUACCAUGACUAAAGCUUAUCUUCACCUUCCUCUCUCUUUCUUGGCCAGCGAACUGGCCUUCGAUGGUACAGCAGACGUCGAUCGUUUUCUUUCGAGUCAUUCUAUCGCAACUUAUGCUACCGGACAGCCGAAUGCUGCUGGAGAGAAACGUCUCGAUUGCAGAGCUGUUCAUGCUCGAGUUGUAGCAUGUUACGAGGAGAAAUAUCGCAAGGUUGCAAUAUGCGGUCCAGCGGCACGUGGGCUUACGUUACAUGAUCAUUCGAUUCCCAAAGUCUCUCGUCAAGCCCGGUCAGGCCUAGCUCGGCGUCUUUCAACAACCACAACCUCUUCCCUCCCACCGUCAUGUCUAACCAAGAUUACUAUAAUAACCAACCUCAAUACGGCGGCCCACCACCUGGUCAGGGAUACUAUCCUCCUCAAGGACCUCCACCCGGUGGCCAAGGCGGCUACUAUCCCAACCAGCCGCCGCCCCAAGGAGGCUAUCCACAACAGGGAGGCUAUUAUCCUCAGCCCCCGCCGAAUACUGUCUAUGUGCAGCAACAGCCCCAGAAGGAUAGUGGAGGAGGAGGAGGAACAUGCAUGGCAUGCUUGGCCGGUGCUUGCUUGUGUUGCUGCGCCGAAGAUAUUUGCGAUUGCUUAUUUUAAUCUGGUAUUUUGGUCUGAUUGUAUAUUUCCCGUCUACUGCCACUCCACGUUGUCCAAGAGCACUACAGCCUCAUAUUUUGUUUGCACGGAUUUAAUUGAAAUCCAACCAAAUGAAGCAGAGCAAGUCUGUGCAUCGACAAUAUGUUUGCUAGGCAGGCUUUCCAUGCCGGACGUCUUGCUGCGUCUCGCAGCGCCGGAGCCAAGGCGGGCGCACUUUGCCUCUACGUCCUCUACUCAGGCGACUUUCUUCUCCUCGCGGGCAACAGCUGUCGCUGCAACUGUUGCAUCAGUUGGGUCCAUCGCCUGGUACACCCAUCUAUACGGACAACUCCCAUUCGUCGGCGAACUGAGCGCCAACUCUCCUGCCGAAAACGGACUCCAUCCCGCCUCCUACCCUUGGAGCCACAAGGGCUGGCUCGAUAGCUUUGACCAUGCCAGUAUUCGUCGAGGGUACCAAGUCUACCGCGAGGUCUGUGCUGCCUGCCACUCUCUCGACCGCAUUGCAUGGCGCAAUCUUGUCGGUGUAUCGCAUACGGUCGAUGAGGUCAAGGCCAUGGCCGAAGAGGUCGAAUAUGAGGAUGGUCCCAACGAUGCUGGAGAAAUGUUCCAGCGCCCUGGCAAACUUGCCGACUAUAUGCCUGCUCCAUACCCCAACGAGGAAGCCGCACGCGCUGGUAAUGCCGGUGCGCUCCCCCCUGAUCUGAGCUUGAUCAUCAAGGCCCGACACGGUGGAGCGGAUUAUGUGUAUUCUCUCCUCACUGGUUAUGUUGACCCUCCUGCUGGUGUUGAAGUUCGUGAGGGUCUCAACUAUAACCCAUACUUCCCCGGUGGUGCUAUUGCUAUGGCUCGGGUACUUUUUGAUGGAUUGGUCGAAUAUGAUGAUGGUACUCCGGCCACCACCUCACAAAUGGCAAAGGACGUUGUAACUUUCUUGUCCUGGGCCGCCGAGCCAGAGCAUGAUGAACGUAAAAAGAUGGGUCUGCAGGCGGUGAUCCUCUUGUCCAGCAUGUUGGCCAUUAGCGUAUAUAUCAAGCGCUUCAAGUGGUCAGUUAUCAAGACCCGCAAGAUCCUUUACAACCCACCAAAAUAG